CACUACCGUACCCCACCUUCCUCUGCCUAAUAAAUUAGUUGCUUACUAAUCUAACUAAUUGGAUAAGGGCAACAAACUAACAAUUUUGGUUUACUCGAAACCGACUAUAGUCCUUAGGGCGCCUAGCCUUCUUGCCUUACACCCCUUCACAAUAUUCCAAGCCUCUCUCAUUCCAUCUCCUCCCAAAAUGGCAUCGUCCAAGCGCGAGAUCUUUUUGGUGGUGUACCAAGAGAAACGCAAUGUGCCCGCCCACUGGAGCAUGCUAGUUCCAGACCAUAACGGGGGUGAGAAAGGGGCAAAGAUUCAUGCCGUUGGAAACCCAUUUAUCGGGUACACGGUGGAAACAAAGUCCUCCUACGACCUUCGUAGCACUAAGAGGCGGUACUUGAAGAUAUCGCUCGGAUAUAUUGAUGAGGCCAAGCUGGCUCAUCUUACGGAGUUGGCCUACUCGGUUCAACCACCUGGUAUCAGCAAGACGCCGUUGGAUCCGUUCGGGGGUGAGAACUGCCAGAACUGGAUGCAAAAAUAUGUUGAAAUGCUAGUCUCUGAUGGCUUUAUCGACCAGAAUGCGGUAACGGCCUUGAUCAAUUCUCCUCGGGUUUAACUCGAUACAGCUUGAAUCUCCGGUUUGCUGGGGACUUUCAGGACCAUGGGUAGGGCAGCACGGGCAUUCACGGUGGAACGCUGAUCAGCUGGGCCACGGGUGAGAAACUCAACGUAAAACAGAGACAGAGAGCACCUACGAGGGAGGCAGAAAGGGCCCGAAUAGAAGGAGGAAGAGGGAGUCGAUAGUAUUACCUAUAGAUCAACCACUUGUCUCUAGACUUACAGUUGCCUGUCUUUAACUCGAGACUAAAUUUG